UGUCUUUUCAAACGUACCUUGAACCACUGGUGGAUCUUUAUCAAUCCCAUAUUUUACCUCGCUUCACGACCAAGCACAAAAUCGUCGGUAUCAGUACCGCCAUCAGUCUCUCAUUAGCUUAUGUCUUGCAUGACCGACUUUUUCGACCUCCUAAACACUUGCGCCAUAUUCCUUAUUUUGGCUAUUGGACACUGAUUCGUUCUUAUCUGGCAGGCGAAUCGCAAUGGGACUUUGAUCAUCGUGUCACAUUGCCUAUGAUUGAUGCUCAAGAAAGCAAUGGCAUUUAUUUAGUAAGUCUUUGAUUGUUUUAGUCAGCUCUUUCAACAAGAACCUUAGAGACCCACAGGUCUAGGCUGGACCGUUUUUCUAACUCGCCCAGAUCAUGCCAAAGUACUUUUUCUCAAGACAGACAUGUUUCCUAAAGCUGUGCAUUCCACUGCACAAAACAAUUCGAUUGUCGGUCGAUUUGUGCUUGGACCCAACAUAGCGUUUCUGAAUGACCAUCUAUGGAAAUCACAGCGCAAAAUAGCCAAUCCUGCAUUUCAUCGAUCCAUGCCUGUCCAGUUGUUUGGUGAACUCACGCUUCAAUUGUUUGAUGUGAUGGAACAAACAGGUUCACGAGUCAAUGUGUCGGAUCUCAUUCAACGCUGGACUUUAGAUGCCAUUGGCAAAGCAGGUUUUGGAUUUGAUUUCAAGGCACUCGCUCAAAAAGACAAUGUUUGGGUACGAAAGUAUAAAACGAUUGUUGAAGCCUCGCAGCAACUAUGGUACGCCAUCUUUCCUGUGUUCGAUGACCGCACUUCCAUCUGGUUUUGGCCUGGUCGUCGUGCGGUUCAUCAGGACAUGGACGAGUUCUUGAGCAUGAUCGAUUGUGUCAUUCAACACAAACGAGACCAAAUCAAACGAGGCGAGUUCCAGAACGCUCAUUUACAAGAAAACGAAAAAGAUUUGUUGACGCUCAUGAUUGAAAGUGAACACAGAGGCGAAGGUGCCAUGACAGAUGAAGAACUCAGAAGUAAUAUGUGUGUUUUCUUUUUAGCAGGCCAUGAUACGACAUCGAAUACAGUGGCUUAUGCUGCGUAUCAUUUAGCCAUGCAUCCUGAAAUUCAACAAAAAGCAAGAGAAGAAGCACUGACUAUCUUGGGCAAUGAACCUGUGGAUAUUUUGCCUACUGUAGACCAUACAAAGCAAUUUGUGUAUAUCAAUCAGGUCAUUAAAGAGACAUUGCGUAUCAACAGUCCUGCGCCUCGUAUCAAUGAACGUGAGGCUGUAGAAGAUUUUCUUUUGUCAGGCACAUGGAUUCCAAAAGGCACUUCUGUCCUUGUGGAUCUAUUUAGUGUGCAUCAUAGCAAAAAGAACUGGAAAGACCCUGAAGUCUUUGAUCCUGACCGAUUUGAUGAAGACAAUGAGAACAAUGGUCCUAGACCAGGCAUGGCUUGGGUUCCCUUUAGUAGCGGUGCUCGUCAAUGUAUUGGCAUGAAUUUCAGUUUAUAUGAACAGCGCGUCUUGUUAGCUAUGCUUUUGAGAAAGUACAUUUGGACACUGCCUGAAGAUUCUAUCCAUAAGCACGGUGUGAUUAGCUCAGGCAUCAACAUUGUAGGUCCCGUUCAUUUAGAACUUGAAUUUCAAAAGCGAUAUUGAAUAAACCAUGUGUAACUUGCCCCCCCC